UUUAUUCGCACUUCCCAUUUCCUCGCCCGUUGAUGUUUCACUUCUUUUCCUUUUUAGUAGUGCACAAGCAAGGAACAACUUGGUUUGUGUAAUAGUUGUUGGUGUUAUUAGAAGUAACCUAUCCAGUCUUCUUGACUGUCACUCUUAUUAGACAGCCAAUAUCUCAAGCUCUAAAGAAUGGCGCUGCCAAUCCGAAAGCUUUUGCUGUCUUUUCUGGUAGCAUUGACGGCCUUUUGCCAUUUUGCCAAUGCAUUCCAAGGUACAUGUACCACCAGCUCCCUUUCCAAGUCUAUAGAUACUCCUCGGCCUCUCGUGGUUCUUGAGGUUGGAGGAUAUCUGGACUCUUUAGGUGGAGGAGAUAACAGCAACAAUGACAAUCAAAAACCACCCGAUAACGCCUACGCCCCCAAGCUGCCGCCGCCAGAUACAGCGUCACAGCAGCUACCCAACCAGCAGUACGCCCAGCAACAACAGUCAAUGCCUAGCUAUCCUCAGCAGGCACAGCCGACGACCAUGAACCCAUAUGAUCAACAGCAACAGUAUCAACAGCAGCACCAGGAUCCGUAUGGUCAGCCUCAACAGCAACAAUUCCAGCAAGGAAUGAAUCCCUAUGGCCAGAAGCAGAAACCCCGGUCUCUUUCGGAUAUGAUUUCAUUGGAGGAUGACGAUGAUGACCCAAUGGGCUUUUUUGCUGGCCAACAACAACACCAACCCAUGAUACAACAACAACCCAACCCGGACGACGACACGCAGGACAUUGACGGAGCAGUCCUGACGGAGGAUAUGAAACAAAGGGCCAAGGCAUCGCACGACGCACCCGAGGAAGAAGCCUCGCAAGGAGGACAACUCUUUCGGAGUCUCAUGGCGCGGGCCCAGGAACGAGCAGCGCAACAGCAGAUUAUCCUGCAACAGCAGCAACAGUACAUGCAACCACAACAACAACAACAAACCAACGCCGAUAUUCAAAUCCCCGCCAAUGCCAUGGACCUGUCCGUGGAAGACCAGGCACGGCUCUUUCGAGAGAUCAUGGCACUGCGACAGCAAGGGCAGCAGCAGCAACAGCAAUUCCAACAACAGCAAUUCCAACAACAACAAGAACACCCAGCUUUGUCGUCGUCCUACGCAAAAAUCCAAAUGCCAACCUAUCCAUAUGCCAAUCCACCAAAUCCGGAUCAAAAGAAUUUCUUGCCACCGGGCAUUGGAUUCGAUGGACGCAAAAUUGGACGCAAUCGCGAUGCCGAAAUUAUCAGUACCACGGCCGAUGUUUACUUUGCACAACUCAAACGAGAUUCCACCACGCGCAAUUUGGCACGUUAUGCCGGGGAUGACGAUAAAGCCAAUGCUGUGUUUCAUGAUGCUGGAAUUCAAGAAAUUACCGGGCCCGCAGCCAAUCCACAUUUGGCCGAUCGUCGGGCCAAUCGAGAUCAAGAAUUUGUCGAAACGGUACCAGAGGAAAUGUUGCUCUUUCAAGACUACAAUGAAAAGCCAAAAGAUCGAUCCUAUUCGGGUGUCUCGUACAAGGAACAAAUCAUGGCACGACGUAGAAAAAGACAACAGCAACAAGAAGGAAACUCCAACCAGAAUGACUAGCUAGGCGAGCAAAGUUCACCCUUGAUGGUCGGAACCGCCAAGUGGUGGUGACGGUUUUAUGGAACCAUGCAUUGCAAUCGAACAAGGUACUUUAGCCAGGACCUAGUCAGCAAAGAUUCACAGUUCCUACGCAGCCAAUGAACGAACCGGUCAAUCAUUAGUUCCUUAUUAUGC